GCUGCCUCUCGGUUGCACCAUCAUGGAGCCCUGAUGCGGAGUCCACCAGGAGGUUCAUGUCCUCAGCAGUGCCUUAAUGGAGCAGCCUGCACAGAGGCAGGUGACUGUGACUGUCAGUUAUUUCAGGCUCAAGGAAGCAGGUGCCAAAUUGUACCUAACACUGGUAAGGAUCGAGAUGGGAUUUGCAAAUCAUGGGGACAGUAUAAUUUUGAAACAUUUGAUGGCAUCUACUACUACUUCCCAGGAAAUUGCUCCUAUAUAUUUGCAAAAGACUGCAGUACUCUGGAACCCCAGUACACUGUUUGGGUUCAUAACAGUCCUCACUGUUACGGUUCAGUAUAUACUUGUCAUAGGUCCAUCAGCUUAUUUUUUUCAAACCAAGAAGAAAUAAUUAUUUCAGGACAUGAAGUAAGAAAAAAUGGAACCAGGUUAAUAUUGCCUCAGACAGUUGGAAAUGCUUUCAUUGAGAGACUGGCUGACUAUAUUCUGGUGAAGACUACCUUUGGUUUUUCUCUUGCUUGGGAUGGAAACUCUGGUAUUUAUAUUAAGCUGACAGAAGAUCAUAAGGGAAAGCCUUGUGGGCUUUGUGGAAAUUUUAAUGGGAAUAAAUACGAUGACCUGAUACUGCAAAAUAGUGAAUAUACAGAAGACAUUGCUGAAUUUGCAAAUAGCUGGGCUGUGCAAGCCUCAGGUGAUAUAGCUUGUAUCCCUACUGCCUCAGAUUUUUCCAGUCCUUGCUCAGCCAAUGCAGAAUCCACUGAGGACAUAUUCUUCAAGUGCCAAAUAUUCCUACAGUUUCCUUUUCUCAGCUGUCAUGAAAGUAUAGAUCCGUAUUCUUAUAUUUCAAGCUGUAUGAAUGAUCUUUGCAGAGUGGAUGAUGAUGAAACAUACUGCAGGGCAGUGACAGAGUACGCUAGAGCAUGCUCUCACGCUGGGUCCCCGGUGCGGGACUGGAGGGAUGACUUUCCUGCCUGUACUGAGAAGUGUGAAGACACCUUUGUUCACCGUGACUGUAUCAGUUGUUGUCCACCAACUUGCACAUUUGAAAAAGAUUGUCUUGGCAGCAAUCUUCACUGUUUAGAUGGCUGUUACUGUCCAGAUGGUCUCAUUAUGGAAAAUGGAACUUGUAUCUCUUUGUCGAAUUGCCCUUGUAUUUAUCAUGGAACUGCUUUCCCUGUAGGCUCAAAAAUUGAACAAGAAUGUAGCAACUGUAUUUGUGUUGGUGGCAUUUGGAACUGCACUGAUCAUGAUUGUCCAGCUGAGUGCUCCAUCACAGGCAGCUCUCAUUUCACAACAUUUGAUGGACGUCAUUUUACGUUUCUUGGGAUUUGUCAGUACAUUUUGGUAAAAGGCACUGGAAAAAGCAAAUUCACAAUCACUUUACAAAAAGCGCCUUGUGGACAGAACUUUGACCAUGCCUGCAUUGAGUCUAUAACGCUAGUUCUGGAAGAUGAUGUGAGGAAACAAGUAACUCUCACAAGAUAUGGUCAAAUCCAAACUGUCCAUAACCAAGUUUUUAACCUUGAUGGGGCUAUUGAAAUUCAGAAUAUAUCUUCUUUCUUUGUUCAACUGAAAACUAGUUUUGGUUUGAAGAUACUGUUUGCUAAAGAUGGAGAGAGGAUUUAUGUUCAAGUUGAUGUCAGAUGGAAGAGAAGAACAUUAGGACUAUGUGGAACAUACAAUGGAAAUUUAAGAGAUGAUUUUCUAUCUCCAGCAGGGAUGAUAGAAGGGACCCCACAACUUCAUGCCAAUGCAUGGAAGGUUUCCUCAGCUUGCUCCAUGCCUGUCAAUAUUCCUGUGGUUGAUCCCUGCAAUGUGAAUCAGCAAAAUGCUGGGUAUGCAUCUCACUGUGAUAUCAUCAAUGAAGACGUUUUUGCUCCCUGCCAUGCCUACAUCAGUCCAGGCUUGUACUACCAGCUCUGCCGCUUCGAGGCGUGCAAAUGUGGAAGCAGCUGCUUGUGCAACGCUUUGGCGCACUAUGCUUAUGUCUGCGGCAAGCACGGCGUCACCAUUGACUUCAGAGCUCAUGUUUCUUACUGCGCUGUGAUGUGUCACAGUGGUAUGCUGUAUCAUCAGUGUUCUUCUUUUUGUAAACAUUCCUGUGCUUCACUUUCUAUGGCAAAUGUCUGUGCUGAUGACUGUGCAGAAGGAUGUAAUUGUCCUGAUGGGAAGUAUUUUGAAGAGUCGGUCAACUUUUGUGUAUCAAUAUCUGGCUGUCAUUGUCGUUACAAAGGCAAAGCCCUCCAACCUGGAGAAAUCCUUCCUAUGCCAACAGGCUCCUGUCAAUGUUUGAAUGGAACAGUGAAAUGUAUUGAAGCUACUACAGAAAACAUAGUUCACAUAUGCCCUGAAGGAAAAAUCUACUAUGACUGCAGAUCUCCAGUGCCUGGGUUACCAGCAGCAGGUGUGAAUUGUGGGAUCUCUUGUGCGAACCUUGCCAUGAACUUCUCCUGUGUCCCCUCACCACCCUGUGCAAGUGGCUGCAUUUGCCCCCCUGGGAUGGCUGAGCACAGAGGGAAAUGUUAUAUUCCUGACAGUUGUCCAUGCACCUGGAAAGACAGAGAAUUUCUGUCUGGAGAAGUGAUAGCUACUCCAUGUUACACCUGUGUUUGUCGGAGAGGCGUCUUCAACUGCACCAGUUACCCCUGCCCUGCUGUGUGCACCAUUUAUGGAGACCGGCAUUAUUAUACCUUUGAUGGCCUGGAGUAUGAUUAUGUCAGUGACUGCCAAACUUACCUGCUUAAGAGCACAGAUAAUUCAAAUAUAUCUAUAAUUGCUCAGAACAAAAAGUGCUUUGACAAUGAUAUUGUUUGCUCAAAGAAUAUUUUCAUCACUGUUGGAGACACUGAGAUUUAUUUUAGUGAACCUUCUGAGAAGCAGGUUAGUUAUUUUCUUUCUUUUUUGGAAAACAAAUCUAACUAUCAGCUCUGGAAGGCUGGAUAUUACACUGUGAUACACUUUCCAGAACAGGACAUUACAAUUCUCUGGGAUAAGAAGACAAUGAUGCAUAUUAAAGUUGGACCUCGAUGGAAGGGCAAACUGGCAGGCUUGUGUGGAAAUUUUGACAAAUAUACUUCAAAUGAUCUGACUACAUCAAACAACAUGGAGGUGAGAAAUGCACAGGUGUUUGGAGACAGCUGGGUAUUAGGACAGUGCAAGACCCCAAAUGAAACACUGAGACCAUGUGAAGUACAUCAGAGCAAGUUCCCUUAUGCCAAAAAGGAAUGUUCAAUUUUAUACAGUGAUCUUUUUGCACCUUGUCGCAAUGUGAUUGAUGUGACUUCUUUUAUCAAAAAUUGUCACACAGAUACAUGCAACUGCAAUCUUGGUGGGGACUGCGACUGUUUGUGUACCAGUAUUGCAGCUUAUGCCCACAAGUGCUGCCAGCAAGGAGCAGCGAUUCACUGGCGAUCUCCUUUGCUCUGUGCUUAUGACUGUGAACAUUACAACCAAGGUCUUGGUGAAGGACCCUAUAUUUUGGCAAGUUUUGGAGUGAAUGACACAAUUAUAGGGGCUAAUGUAUCCAGCAGAAGGAUAUUUCCCCUGCCUAGAACUGGAGCACAUGGAAAUGUAAUUUUCAGUUUCAUGAUAACUCCAGGUCUUUUCAAGGAUAAAGAUUUAUCCCUGUCUCUUGUUUCACUUGAAUCUGCUGAAAGACCAAACUACUUUCUCUAUGUACAUGACAAUGAGACCGUUGGGCUGGAGCAGUGGCAGGCAAGUGCCUCCUUUCAGAGACGAGCCACCUUCUUCCACCACCAGGGUCUCUGGAGUCCAGGGCUCAGUGCCUUCGAGCUGCACAGUAAAAAAGGCUUUUUCAUCAUUCUCACCUCAUCCAGUGUUAAAGUGGAAAAGUACGAUGAUUCAGAAGAAUUCAAACGUUUCAGUAGCUUUAGUAUUGAAGAACUCAGUGCUUCUGUGCCUUACAGAAGGAUGUGUGAAUGGCGAUAUGAAUCUUGUGCUAAUCCUUGUUUUAAGACAUGUGGUGAUCCUGAAGGAAUAGCAUGUAAAUUUCUUCCUCUGGUUGAAGGAUGCAUGCCAUACUGUCCCCAAAACAUGAUCCUUGAUGAGGUCACACUGAGAUGUGUUUAUCCAGAAGACUGCAUACCUGUGACACCUACAGAAUCAGAAAUUGGACUGAAACCUUCACUAUUAAUCUCUCACAUGGGUGCUACCACAGAGAGAUUUCCUGAGACACCUCCUGUAUUUGUUACUUCAGGGAAUAAAUCAACUUUCAUCGGUGUGACGGACAAAAUAACCAUGAAUGCAAACACAGCUUCAAGGGAAAUGAAUAUGUCUGCACAGUCCAUUACAGACUUUUAUUCAUUGGAAGCAUCUAAUGAAGCCACCUAUUCAACAUUUCCCUUACCAAGUACAGUGGAGCCUUCUGAUGUACUUCACAGCACAGCCAGCCCUACUGUCCUUUCCAAACCCAUCCCUUCAACAGAUUUUCCAAUCCUUCAAGCCUCAUCAGUCACAUCACAUACUGCCUUCUCUAAUGCAUCUAUAACUUUACCCAUUACAAUAACAACUCCAAUAACCCGGCUCAGUGGAAGUCCUAUUCCAGCACAUUCUUCAUUGUUAACACCCACUUCCCUAGUGGUAGUUCCAUUUUCACUCGAAACAUCUCAGCUAGAAACAGUUCAACCUUCCUCACCACUAACAGCUUUAGCCUCCAAGAUAUCUUUUGUCUCUUCUGAGCUGCCUGCAGGGAUUGGGAAGACCUCUGAAAUCACUUUAAAAAGCCAGCCCUCUAUGCCUUCACCUCCUCCUAAGCCCACUCAUAUCUCUAAUGUUUCUCUAGGAAAACAGAGUUCUUCGGUAAGCUCUUCAGAAGAAGAUGGAACAAUAUCAGCCAUACCAGCUGGAAUCAUCACUCAAUCCACUACACCAAUGAUCAUGAACACAACAGUGAAUGCUACAUCCUCAAAAGCACCUUAUAUUUUUGCAAAAAUGCAACCUAGUUCUUCAGCCAGUUUAUUAGUUACUUCAGACACUACCCUAGCCUCUAGGAUUACUACAAAAACCGCUGAUUCUUUUGUUGUCAAUUUGGAUUUUUAUGUGGCUUCAGCUUCAGUUCCUACCACCAUAGAAACACACAAAUCUUUAUUUACAACUGCAGUAACUCAAGCUUCACAGAGCACUAGAGAAACUCCAAAUAUUAAUAUAAUGAAAACAACUGGUACUACAAGUCCAUUAUCACAGAUUAAGAGUACCUCAUACAUAGCAUCAGAAGUAAAAUACACAACUUCAUUUGAAAAACCCGUGGAUAUUUCAGAAGAUGGUCAGACUUCAGAUGAGCAAAAAAAUGCUACCAAGACAGAGACAACCACAGCUGACAAAUCUUUCCCACCUUAUUUGCCAGUAACUGCAGUUCAGAGUCUACUUUUUUUAAGAAAUACAACCUCAAUCAAAAAUAUCUCUGUUUCUGGAGUCCUGGAUAUAACAACAUCUAAUAGGUCCAAAAUCCCAACACAGAAAUCCAUUACACCUUAUUUUAGUGUAACAGAGGCCACAGAGCUGCAAACCAGAGCUAUAAAAGAUUUAUCUCAUUCUAGUGGUGAAAUGGCUCUGUCUUCCUCUUCAGGAACGACGGCUGCAGAUGACAAGGCUUACUUUGGCACGAUGAUGCAUGCCCUGGUAUCUACAUCUGCUGAGUGUGUGCCAAGAUACCUUGAACCUGUUGACAAAUGCAGCCAGUAUGUAUGUGUUAAUAUGGGUUGGAUGUUAUACAAUCUUUCAAGGAACUGCCCUAAGGAUGUGCAGAAGCCAGAUUGUGGUUUUCGAGGAAUGCCUGUUCAAGUUAACACUGAUAGCUGUUGUCCAGAAUGGGAAUGUCCCUGUCAGUGUUCUGUACUGUCUGAACUGAGUGUCAUUACAUUUGAUGGAAACAACAUAGCCCUCUGUAAUAUGGCUUCCUAUGUUUUAGUCAAGUUACCAGGAGAAAUUAUUGUUGCUCAUAUUGAAAAAUGUCCUGCUAAUCAGAGUGCAAAUUCAAUAAGAAAACUAGUGCCACCUGCAAACACUUCAGGGCUCUGUUUUAAGAAAUUAAAUGUCACAACACACACUUGUCAAAUACUUAUCAAUCGUUUAGCAAGAAAAGUAGUCGUGGAUUCUGUAAUUCAACCAUUACCAUUUUCUAAAGAGGGACUGAGUAUUCAGGAUACUGGUGCAAUGUAUGUGAUUAAUACCCCAGCUGGCAUUAGCAUCAAGUGGGCUCAUGUUACAGGCAUCAUAGAUAUACAGUAUGGAUUACACUCUAACACAAUGAGGAAGACAGAAGGACUUUGUGGGGUGUGUAAUGGAGAUCCUAGUGAUGACCUGAAAAUGCAAAACAUGACCAUAAUUACAAAUGUGGAGGAAAUUGAAAUGUUCAUUAAGAGUUGGGAAAUUGAGAAAUCACUUGAUGUAACAACCAGGAGGCCAGUAAGAAACUGUAUUGAAGAUAACUGCACAUACUGUAUGGAACUGUUAAACAGAAGUAUUUUCAUCCCUUGUCACAAGAAAGUGUCACCACAGGAAUUUUGUGAGAAGAUGUGGAUAAACAGUACUAAUUUUUGGAAUUAUGAGUGUGAUGCACUUUCUGCAUAUGUGGCUUUAUGCAACAAGCACAACAUCUGCAUUAAAUGGAGGACACCCGAUUACUGUUCAUUGAGCUGUCCUGAGGGCAAGGAAUACCAGCCUUGUGUGCAACCCUGUGAAGCCAAGACGUGCUUGAAUAAAUGGUUCUAUGAAGAUUCUCCAUGCUCCUAUUUAAGGGAAGACUGUGUGUGUAGAAAUGGUACCAUUCUGCAUAGAACAGACUCUGACCUCUGUAUACCAGAAGAAAAAUGUACAUGUACAGACAGUAAAGGACAGCCCCGCUCUGCUGGGGAGAUCUGGAAUGGGUCCAUGAGAGGAUGCUGCAUGUACAGCUGUUUAGAAAAUGGAAGCAUUAUUGCUGUAGAACCUGAAUGCAGUGAGGAUCCACCACCAGUCUGUGAAAGAGAAGGGGAAGUUUUACUCCAUGUCAUUGAAGAGAGAGCAUGCUGUCCUAAGAAAGUUUGUGAAUGUAACAUGUCAUUGUGUAAUGCCAUUAUUCCAACAUGCAAACCCAAUGAAAAAUUAGUGGUAGGCUACCACCCUCUGUCCUGCUGUCCACAGUACCGAUGUGAAUGUGAUCCCUCAGUUUGUUUUAAUGCCUCCCAGCCCAACUGCAGAGAAGAUCAAUUUAUUGUUGAAGCAAAACAGGAAGAUCCCUGUUGUUUCUCUCAUCUCUGUGUUUGUGAAUCCUGUAUUGAACCUGUUCCCUUGUGUAGUGAAGGGGAAAUUCUCACUGUAGACCUUAACACCAUCCACUACUGUUGUCCUCAUUACUAUUGCGUUUGUGAUGAAAAUCUUUGUUCUGAGCCUCCUAUGAUUUGCACAGAUGACAUGACACCUGUGAAGGAAAAAAUACUUGGGCAGUGCUGUCCGGAAUGGCACUGUGAAUGUAGCUGUGAAAAUGCUACUAUGGUGACCUGUAAAUUGGGAGAAGUUAAAAAAAUAGAUAGCAGUGUUUCCAGUGCUUGUGGCUGCACUCACUACAUUUGUGAGAAGGAUGAUGUGUGCAUCUUCCAAGAGGUCACAGUACUGAAUCCUGGACAGUCAGUGAUUCAGUACUUGGAUGGAGACCUUUGUUACACUGUACAGUGUUUAGAAGAAAAAGAUCAGAACACAGGGUACAAUGCCAUGCAUUUCACAAUGAUGAACUGUUCCCAGCAAUGUGAAGCUCAUCAAGUGUACAUUCCUUCGUUCAGUCACCAUACCUGUUGUGGUACAUGUCAAAAUGUGUCCUGCUCUUUUCAUGCAGAGAAUGGAACACAGAUCGUGUAUGAGGAAGGAAGCACCUGGACCUCCAACUGUACCAACUACAAAUGUGUAAAUACUACUGCAGGGGCUAUUGUACUGGGGUCAAGUGUUGUGUGCCCCCCAUUUAAUGACACUGAAUGUACAAAGAAUGGAGGAAUUGUGGAGACGUAUAAUGAUGGCUGCUGCAAGACCUGCAAAAAGGAAGAAAGGAUUUGCCAGAAAAUGACAAUCAGGACAACCAUAAGAAAAAAUGACUGUAUAAGUCAAAGCCCGGUAAAUGUGGCUUCUUGUGAUGGAAAAUGCCCAUCUGCAACAAUUUUCAAUGUCAAUAUUGAUAGCCAUCUAAGAUUCUGUAAAUGUUGUCGAGAAAUUGGAACACGAGUCCUGACCGUGCCCUUGCGCUGCUCAGGAAAUGGCACCGAAAUUAUGUACGUCAUUCAAGAGCCUAUAGACUGCUCAUGCCAAUGGAACUGAACUUCACUGUGGGCAUGAGCCAGCUUUCCCCAGACACAGUUUUUUGGUCAUGGAUGGGUAUAGUAUUCUGCAGGGAAAUAAAAAACGCAUCAGUUAUGCCUUAUAAUGUAAUUUUCCCGAAUUUAGCAAAGAUGUUAUUUGUUGCUCUUUGAAUUCUUUUUGAAAAUAUUGGCAAGAAUAGAAAGAAAAACAUAAAUCCUUUGGAACCAGGUGUAGUUUAUCCGUCAUUUAUUUCUACUCAGUGGCUUUCUGAUGAGGUGGUGAAAAAAGCUGGUUAAUAUGGUUAGUAUUUACAGUGUUUUAAAAUUUUGGAUCAUGGCUACCAAUCAAAGUCGAGCAUUUCUCAAACCAUUUCUCAGUGGUUCAUUUACUUAGAGGCAUCCUGUUGAAAACCAUCACCAGUCCCAUGUUUAAAUGGGAAAGAAGCAUAUUAGGAUUUUGAAAAUGACUGAAUUAAUUUAUUUGAAAAUAGUGGGUUCAACUGUAACAUUUUUUACCUUGCCCAAAAUUCUAUCUUUUUGUCCAUUAAGCUGUUGUGAAUAAUUGGAUUCUGCUUACACUGUAAGUCAUUGGAAAACAACACAAC